AUGGACAAAGCGCCCCAACAAGACAGCAAGGAUGGGAAGGGAUCGAUCCUUGACUGGAAUAAGGUCAAACCCGGUGACAAGAGCGGCGAGUUCAAGCGCCAAACAUCCGUCUUCAGAAACUGGAUCCAGAACAAGCCCGAUGCCGAAUUCCCACCUGAGAAAGGUCGCUACCAUCUCUAUGUCUCCUACGCCUGUCCCUGGGCCCACCGCACACUCAUCGUGCGCCACCUCAAGGGCCUCGAGGACAUCAUCUCCUACAACAGCGUCCACUGGCACAUGGCAGAGAAGGGCUGGCGGUUCGCAGCUUCCGAUGAGAAAGUCUCUGGUCACACCACACCGGAUCCGCUUCACGAAGGAUACACGCAUCUCCGUGACAUCUACUUUGAACAGAACCCAGACUACGAAGGACGCUUCACGGUGCCGACGCUGUACGACAAGAAGACCAAUAAGAUUGUCAGCAAUGAGAGUGCGGAGAUCAUAAGGAUGCUGUACACCGAAUUCGACGAUCUCGUCGAGGAGAAGUACAGGAAGGUGGAUCUAUUCCCCAAGGACUUCCAGAAGGACAUCGAGGCCAUGAACGAUUGGGUGUACAACGAUGUGAACAACGGGGUUUACAAGUCAGGUUUCGCUACCACUGAGGAGGCAUACACAAAGGCCGUGACACAGCUUUUCAAGUCUCUCGAUCGUUUGGAAGAGUCCAUGGCCCAGUCUUCUACACCAUACCUACUGUCGAGCCCGCACGUAACGGAAGCCGAUGUUCGGCUUUUCACCACGAUCAUCCGCUUCGAUCCUGUGUACGUCCAGCACUUCAAGUGCAAUAUUCGCGAUAUCAGAUCGGGAUAUCCACACCUUCACAAGUGGAUGCGCCAUCUGUACUGGGACUACCCCGCUUUCAAAGAAACUACCGACUUUGAGCACAUCAAGAAGCAUUACACAAAGAGCCAUGGCCAAAUCAACAAGUUCCAGAUUACGCCCAUCGGGCCUUUGCCGGAUAUCUUUGAGAAGGACGACGAAGUGCCCAGUGUCAAGGCCGCGAAGAAGUAG